AUGCCGUGGUCGAUUAUCAGCAAAUUUUAUCCUCGCGCAUGCGAAAAUAGACUCGAUAUUGGCCAUCCAGAGGUCAAGGCAUUCAGAGCCAAGUUCUUUAGGGCAGCUUUGUUGAAUUUUGUCAUCUAUAUUCUGCUGUUCUUCUGUCUCUUCUGCUAUCUCUAUGGAACCCUCUUUCAACAAGUUCCCCGAACCCAUAACCUACAUAUCCUAUGGGUAGACUAUGAUGGCAGCAUCAUUGGUGAUGCAGUACGCAAUUCAUACAACUCUUUACGGUCACAUGAGUUUCCGACGUUGAUUGAGCGAUCAGCAUCCCAAUAUCCGACACCGCAUGACCUAAGAGAAGCUGUUUGCAAUACGCAUUAUUGGGCCGCCCUGUAUACGUCUCCUGGAGCAUCCGUGGCUUUAGGUCUUGCCAUUGCAGGAUCAAAUACGUCGCAAUACAAUACGUCAAAUGUACUGUCAUAUAUUUGGAAUGAGGCCAAAUACCCUACCGUUAUGGACAGCGCCAUCUCGAAUAAUCUUCACACGCUAUCCGACGCUGCUCGAGUUUCCUACAUAGCUCUCAACGGCACCUCGGCUUUCCUUACAAUUCCACCCAACAACUCCGCUGCCAUAUCAAUUUUCACCAAUCCGUGGACACUAACAUCUAUCAACAUCAAACCUACCGUGCAGGGAACUCGUACAGUCUAUAACACAGUCGCCAUUGUGUUAAUUCUGAUCGAAGAUUUCUUCUAUCUCGCCACCAUCAACGGGCUCUACGCUCAGUUCAAGGUCUACUCGCGAAUUGCGCCAGUGCGCAUAAUCCUUGUCCGCGAUGCUAUCUCUAUCACAUUCACCAUGUUGGGUUCAUUGAUAAACUCUGCGGCGAUUUGGGCAUUCAAAGCAAAUUGGCAAGUAUCGGGCGGCCAAUUCGCUCUGAAUUGGCUUAUCAUAUGGUUGCUCGCCCAUGUGAAUUUCCUUGUAUUCGACGUUUUUACUAUCUGGAUACCACCGCAGUACGUCUCCAUGGCCCUCGUCUCUUGGAUUGUGAUGAACGUCAGUUCAAUCAUACUACCAUUCAGCGUGUCGUCUCCAUUCUAUCGUUGGGGAUAUGCUUUACCAGCGCACGCUGCCUAUGAGCUGCUCACAGAUAAUUGGUCCAGUGGUUGUAAUCCACACUUGUCUUAUGCCCUACCAGUCUUAUUCUCCUACGAAGUAAUCGGGCUCAUCUUAACGGGUGUCGGUGUAUACAAAAGGUGUCAUAACGCCUCCAUAAUGGAGGAGACUACCAAGGAGGCAAUGAGAUUGCGAGUGGAGGCGGCGCUCGAACUGGAGCGAGACCAGGACAAUUUUGAGGCACAAGAGAGCAGCGAAAAAGACUCAGAACAUCCGAGUACUGGGGAGCCAUCCCGUGCGACCACAAAUACGGGUACCUUUGCGGGCGACACUGAGCCAAGUAGAAGGCAAAGGAGGCAGAGUAAUGUCGAAGUUCUUGACGGCGAAAUCCAUCGGAUGGAGACGCGGGCAUCUCUGCUGUCAAACAUUGGGCCAACUUUUCGCCUUAUCGGUUCAGAGGAUAGCUAA